AUGGCUAUCACGGACGGCUUCAUUUAUUUCCGUGUCUGCCUUGGCCAGAAAAGUGGUAAAAAUCCCUGUUGUACAGUCUGGAUGGCAAAACAAGGAAGAACAAUAAUCUUCUCCAUCCACCAGCCUCGGUACUCCAUAUUCCGACUGUUUGACAGCCUGACGCUGCUGGCCGCGGGGAGAGUGCUGUACCAUGGGCCCGCUCAGCAUGCCAUCGGGUACUUCCAGUCUGUCGGCUAUGAGUGUGAGCCAUACAACAACCCUGCCGACUUCUUCCUGGACAUCAUUAAUGGAGACUCCACUGCAGUGGCAAUGAGCAAGAUCGAUGAAACCAACACAGAGAACACUGAAGAACACACUGAAUAUGAUAAAACCUUGGCUGAGAGGUUAGCAGAAAAAUAUUCCAACUCUACCUACUACCAAGAAACGAAAGCAGCAUUAGACAAUAUUUCUUUGGGAAACAAAAAGAAAACAAAUGCAGUUUUCCGGCAAAUCGCAUAUGCCAAUUCCUUCUUCCAUCAGCUGAAAUGGGUGUCCAAGCGCACAUUUAAAAAUCUGUUACGAAACCCUCAAGCUUCCGUAGCUCAGCUGUGUAUUUCAGCUUUCCUGGGACUGGUUGUAGGUGCCAUUUUCUUUGGACUUAAAAAGGACUCCACUGGACUGCAGAACAGAGUGGGUGCAAUGUUCUUUCUGAUCACCAACCAGUGUUUCAGCAGCGUCUCAGUUAUUGAACUCCUUGUUGUGGAAAAAAAGAUAUUUAUACAUGAAUAUAUCAGUGGGUACUACAGAACAUCUGUAUAUUUCAUCUCAAAGCUAAUGGCUGAUUUAAUACCCAUGAGGACUAUACCAAGCAUCCUCUUCACCUGUAUAGUUUACUUCAUGUUAGGUUUGAAACCAACAGUAGAAGCCUUCUUUACAAUGAUGUUUACCCUUAUGAUGGUAUCCUACACAGCCACUUCCAUGGCUCCAGGACAGAGUGUGGUCACUGUAGCAAACCUGUUCGUAACUAUCGCAUUUGUUUUUAUGACUAUUUUCUCUGGGUUGCUGGUCAAUCUCACAAGUGUCUUGCCCUGGCUCGCCUGGCUCAAAUACUUUAGCAUCCCUCGAUACGGACUGACAGCUUUACAAAUCAAUGAAUUAACUGGCCUGAACUUUUGCAGCAGCAGUGACAACGCAAGUUUGAUCAGCAACGAUAACUAUGGACAGACAAGACAGUCGUUGUGUACUGGAGAUGAAUAUCUGAAAAGUCAAGGCAUUGAUACGAGUAGCUGGGGCCUGUGGCAGAACCACCUGGCUCUCGCCUGCAUGACAGUAAUAUUCCUUACUAUUUCAUACCUGAAACUGCGCUUCAUGAAGAAGUUCUCUUAA